AUGGAGGGAGCAAUUAGGUGCUCUGCCAACUAUGUUCCUCUUUCUCCAAUCAGCUUUUUGGAGCGCUCAGCUAUAGUGUACAAAGACAGAACUUCUAUUGUGUAUGGGAGCAUCGUAUACACUUGGAGAGAGACACUUGAACGAUGCACCAGACUUGCCUCUGCUCUUUCCCAACUUGGAAUUUCUCGAGGCGAUGUUGUUGCUACAUUGGCUCCCAAUAUUCCAGCAACCUAUGAGGUUCAUUUUGGUGUCCCUAUGGCCGGGGCAGUGUUAUGUGUACUUAACACACACAAUGAUUCGGAAAUGAUUUCAGUUUUAAUUGAACAUUCAGGAGCCAAAAUCAUUUUUGUGGACUACCAAUUUGUUCAAGUUGCCAAGGGAGCAAUUGAUAUAUUAUCUAAGACUGGUACCAAGCUGCCCAUUCUAGUCUUAAUUCCAGAGAGUGAUCAAUCAUCCCCUGAUUUCUGCAAUCACCCUUCAGAAACUUUAGAAUAUGAGAGCCUGCUACGAAAUGGUGAUCUAGAUUUUGAGAUCCUACGGCCAAAAGAUGAAUGUGAGGCAAUUUCGCUAAGCUACACUUCAGGCACCACUUCGAUCCCAAAAGGUGUCAUUUAUAGCCAUAGAGGUGCCUACCUCAAUUCUCUGGCGCAGCUUAUCCAUCAUGAGAUGGGAACGACGGUUGUAUAUCUAUGGUCAGUUCCCAUGUUUCAUUGCAAUGGUUGGUGCCUCACUUGGGCUGUGGCUGCUCAAGGUGGCAUGAAUGUCUGCCUAAGAGAUGUCAGUGCAAAAGAAAUUUUUACCUCUAUAUCUCGGCAUCAGGUGACUCACAUGGGUGGUGCACCUACAAUCUUAAAUAUGAUUGUAAAUGCCCCAGAAGAUGAUCGAAGGCGACUUCCAGGAAAGGUAGUGGUCAUGACCGGGGGUGCACCACCACCAUCCCCGAUACUGUUGAAGAUUGAAGAACAAGGGUUCAGUGUAACACAUGCAUAUGGUAUGACAGAGACUUAUGGUCCUGGGACAGUGUGCACAUGGAAACCUGAAUGGCACUCCCUACCUAAAGAGGAGCAAGCAAAACUAAAGUCGCGACAAGGGUUGCAACAUAUCAUGAUGCAGGAGCUUGAUGUAAAAGAUCCGGCCACAAUGAAGAGUAUACCACCUGAUGCAAAAACCAUGGGUGAGGUUAUGUUUAGGGGCAAUACUGUUAUGAAUGGAUAUUUUAAAGAUACUAAAAAGACACAUGAUGCAUUUGAAAGUGGAUGGUUUCGCACUGGGGACUUUGCAGUUAGACACCCAGAUGGUUACUUAGUGGUAACGGAUCGUUCCUCAGAUAUUAUAAUUUCUGGGGGGAGAUAUAUCAGCACAAUUGAGGUAGAAUCAGUGCUUUUCAAGCAUCCAGAUAUUCUUGAGGUAGCUAUUAUAGGGAGGCCUGAUGAAUUUUUGGGGGAGACACCCUGUGCUUUUGUGAAAUUGAAGAAUGGAAGCAAUCCUAGUGCAGAGGAUAUUAUAAAGUUUUGCAGGGAUCGGUUACCCCAGUACAUGGCUCCUCAAACUGUUAUAUUUGAAGAUCUGCCAAAGACUUCGACUGGGAAGGUGCAGAAGUAUGUUCUGAGAGAGAAAACCAAGGUAAUGGGAAGCCUCUCAAGUGGAGCUAUGGACAAUUGA